AUGUUCUUCUUCUUUUUCUUUGUCACAGCUAUAAUUCUAUUCGGUGUACUAUGUCUGACAGCGUUCAUGGCAUUUCAAGUGCGGCAUUCCAAUCAUUCGGCGAAAAUUAAGCCGAGAAAAGAGAAGGCAUCACUAUGUGCAGUACUCGGCUCAGGAGGUCACACCACAGAAAUGUUCGAGCUUAUCAAGCAUUUCGGCGAAGAAUUCGAGACGAGAACUUAUAUCAUAGCGGAUACGGAUACAAUCAGCGAGGCUAAGGCAAAAGAGCACGAAAAGUCUCGAAACAAUGAGAAAUUUGUCAUUGAACGAAUUCCUAGAGCUCGAGAAGUCGGACAAUCCUAUUUCACAUCGAUUGCCUCAACGUUUCAUGCGACAGUGUUCGCUGUGAAAUUGAUUUACAAUAUUCGACCAGAUCUCGUGCUCCUCAACGGCCCUGGAACAUGCAUCCCAAUCGCUCUCGCAGCUGCAUUCUUCGACAUGAUCCGCCUCAUCGACACCGUUAUCAUCUACGAAGAAUCGAUUUGUCGUGUCAAAAAGCUCUCGCUAUCCGGUGGAAUUCUCUAUUAUCUCGGAAUGGUCGAUUGUCUUAUUGUCCAAUGGCCAGGACUCAAAAGGAAGUAUCCACGUGCCACCUACAUUCAUGAUCUGGAAACUAAAACCGCUGUUUCUUCCCCAGAUACUUCUGCUGAUAAGAAAUCAAUCUAA